AUGCUGAAGAAUUCAGCCGAGAUCGAAGCGAAAGCUACGACCACUCCAAGACACUCCGAAGCAAACAUCACUCGAAUGAGAAGCAACGUGAUGGAAAUUAUGGAACGGAAAUUAUGCUUGUGGAUUGAAGAUCUCUACCAACAAAACACGCCAGUUAGUUUGUCUCUAAUUCGUACCAAAGCUCUGAGCUUGUAUGAUGAUAUCCAGAAAGAAAUAGGCGAAGACUCGUCGAAAAAGAAAUCGAAAGAGUUUUCCGCCUCAAAAGGUUGGUUCCAUCGUUUCCAGAAACGGUACGGGUUUAAAAAUGUGAAGAUGCAACAAGGACCCGUCUCUGUCGGUCUAAGUCAUCCUAACCCCGACAAAUAUUCGGACAAUUUAAAGAAAUUUAUCGAUGAUGAAGAAGCUUACGUUCCCAAGCAAAUUUUUAACGAACCCGCUGGCCUCUACGGAAAACGAAUAUCUUCAAGGACGUACGUGUCCAAAAAGAAAAACGACAAAUCUAGUUUUAAGUUCUCCUUAAAAGAUAAACUCUCUGAUGACAAGUUUCUUGAAGCUGUUAAUGAUGACGUAGAUAGAUUACUUGAUUCGCAUUCACUGCCAUUGACAAAUGAACAUUUAGCUGCACUGAACCAGGCAACGAUUGCUGAAGAAGAGGAAGGGACAGUAGACGAUGUCGCCACCUCAAAAAAGGGGUUCACGGUGGAUAAUCUACGAACUGUGUUUUCAAAGAUUGCUGAGGUUGUGGAAUUUUUUAAGGAACACGAUCAUCAAAGCGAUCGAGCCGACAAAUUCGAAUGUGGAUUAAACGAAUUAUUGUCCUGUUAUCGGACACUUUUAUCAGAAAAGCUUCGUGAUAGAGAACAUGUGACACUUAGUGAUGUUUUUAUACAGCAGAAAUUCGCCAACGAACAUCAACCUCUUUCAGGCUCAUCAGAUGAUAGGCCAAAACCUAAAUAG